AAGACAGCUGAUUUUUGUUUUGAAAUUUUGGCUGGCUAUUUUGGAAAGUGUUACGUUUCUCGACACUUUCCGGUCGCUAUUUGGUCAUAUGUGUUCAUACGUAAUUGAAGUACUUCAAGUACUAAGAACUACCUUUGAUGUCAUCGGAUCCUAAAGCCGUCUCCCCUAAGCAACACCCUACAAAAAAAUUUACUGUUCUCGUAAAAUUAUCAGUACUUGGGACUUGAGAUUUAAGUGUCUGAUACGACUAUCUUUCUAUCUGCGCAACAGUAUCUAGUAUUCUUUUAAUUUUCCUGAUCAAACCAACCCUUUUUGCAGGUUACUAGAAGCUUACAGCUUGUCUAUAGAACAACAUCCACCGAUAAAGAAUAUGGGAACCCGUAAGAAAGGAGUAGAAUUCGCCAAACACAUCACCGAGAUCAUUGCCAAAUCAACGGGCUUUGAAAGUCACCUAAAAAAGGUCAAGAUUUUGGAUGGCGGUGAUGGAGCCUGCACUGCUGAACUAAAGAUAGAUCAGGAUCACGUUAAUCUGUACAAGUUUUUGCACGGUGGUUAUAUUAUGACCCUUGUUGACAUGAUUACAACCUACGCCCUGAUGUCAAAGCCCUGUCAUCCCGGCGUAUCGGUGGAUAUGAGUGUGAACUUUUUGAAUGGAGCCAAACUGGGGGAUGAGGUGUUGAUUGAGGCCAAUCUUUCUAAAGUGGGCAAGUAUCUCGCCUUCAUUGACUGCACCUUGAAGCACAAGAAGGACGAUACGGUGAUAGCCAAGGGAACUCAUCUGAAGUAUAUCAAAUACGACUAGACUGGAACGUUAGAUGACAAAACAAUCCCAAGGUAGCUAAUACUUUGAUGGGUUAUUAAUGUGCUUUAUUUUAUUACAUGUGUAGCAGUACAUUGUUAGUUAAUUGUCAAUUAAACAUGCUCAUUGCGCAA